GUAAAGAGUCGGUAGUUUGAAUUAAGAAUAGUUAGAAUAUCUAAAAGUGAUUAGAUUGAAGGGUAUAGCUGAAUUGUUUGUCUAAUCUUUAAGAGAAAAAGUUUGAAAGGUAUUUUUUAAUCUUUAUUUAUCUGUUCUUAGAAAUUAUAUAUCAAUUAGAGUUUAGCAAGUGCACACUACGUGAUGAUGAUAUUUUAUAGUGAGACUUAAAUAUUCGAAGGGCAGGGUAGAAUUUCCGUUUUCACUUCUAAAAGUAGUUUAGAUAUUUUACAUCUUACUGCUCCUCUCAUCUUCGAGCUGACGGUACUUCAUCAAAAAGUAACAAAUCGUGUGAUACUAAGCAAUUUUUUAAAAUAAUAAUGCUAAUGAAAGUAAUUCUCCCCUGCUUUAACUAUAUGUCUCCGUUACUGUCUUCUUUCGUUCGUAUAUCCUGCUUUAUUCAUGGAUUGUUAAUUCUAUUUAGAAAUGGAAAGACUUCUACUUGAGAUGGAACCCUGGAGAUUACGGAAAUAUUAGUCAAGUCAGAUUAGAGGCUGAUAGAGUGUGGAUCCCUGAUAUAAUGUUAUAUAACACGGCUGACCCAAAAAACGCCGCAAGAAAUGCCUUAGUCAUGGUUCAGUAUACAGGCGAAUUAACGUGGGUACCGCAUCAAAUAUUCAAAUCUUCUUGCUCCAUUGAUGUAACAAAUUUUCCAUUCGACAAACAGAAGUGCCAUAUGUGGUUUGGUUCAUGGACUCAUUCCCGAAGGGAGAUUGAUAUAGAAUUAAGCUUUCCAGAAGGGAUAGAUCUAAGCACUUUUCAGUCCGACUAUAAAGAUUCAAGUGAAUGGGAUAUAGUCAAUCCAGAGGCAGAAAAACGCUACCUACCUGGUAAUCAAACUAACGCCUUCGCUGUUAUAACUUUUACGUUAACGAUGCAAAGAAAAGUGAUGUUUUCGACAUAUAUUCUCACAUUACCAUGCGUUUUUUUGGCUUUAUUAACGUUGGUUGUGUUUUGGUUACCCCCAGAUAGGCCAGAUAGAACUGGUUUAGCAAUGAGCCUUUUUGCCUCUUUUCUAGUAUUACUGCUUAUCCUUGUUGAAGCUGCUCCUCCAACUGCGUCUUCGGUACCAACCUUGGGUCUUUAUUAUUGUUUCAACAUGGUAAUUAUAAUGGUCGCUAUUUGCCUUUCAUCUUUAGUUGUAAAUAUACAUCAAUGUGGCAAUCAAAGCUACAAGAAAGUUCCAACAUGGGCCAGAAAAAUAUUGUUACAGUGUCUUGCACGUGUCUUGGGAAUAAAAUGCUGUUCAAAAUGUAAACCCUUUCAAAGGCGAUUCGCUCGUAGAGAUACUAAUGGCUACACAAGAGACUUUACAGAGUGUACAAAUUUGUUACCGAAAUCCACAUUUAAGUCGGCAUCGGGAGAUAUCUCAACUACAAGCAUUUAUCUCUUAGAGUGUCAACUUGGAGAAUUACGUGUAACCUUAAAUGAGAUAUUAAAGAGAAUAAGACUAAGAGAAGAGGAGAGACUGGACCAAAUGGAAAGUUUUUAUCAAUGGAAAAGUGUUGCCAAAGUACUUGACCGUCUUUUCUUCAUUAUCUACGUUGGAGUAAUAGCAGUAUCACUGGCUGUACUGUUUCCAAAACCGAUGGCAAGUCAUAUAUUCAGUAGUAGUCAGACUACAAAAACUGCAGCUGGUAACAAUACAAAUUAAGAAUAAACAUUACUUUCCAUUUAGUACUUUCAAGUAUUUUCUUUUGCUAAAAAUAAGAAAAAUAUAAAUUUAUUAUUAUCAGACUAAUUUUAAUGCUACUUUUACUCCUUUGCAAAGUACUUGGGUAUUUUAAUCCUCCAUUUCUUCCUAUUUAAAUAG